CCGACCGUUGCUCGCUCUCCCGUCUUUAAUUUUAGUACUACCAUAACAGAUUCCCAAGAAUUCCAUAAUCGGACACUGAAGAAAAUCCCUUUACCCCCCCCCCUCCAAACCGAAUUUCAACCCCCCUCCUUCUCCAAGUAGAACAGUGAGAAAAAAUUCACCUAAAAAGGAAUCUGAUGAACGGAUCAAGCAUUACCACUGCUGCGACUGUGAUCGACGCGCUAUACGAGUUCUCGGCGCCGUGUUUCUUCGAUUUCAUCAAAGAAGAGUCUGAAGAUGAAGCGCGCACUGCCGAGCUCUGGUUUGAAACCGCCUUGACCUACGCUCCUUCUCCUUUUAUGGCUAGAAUCAAGGCUGGUAGUAGAUCCGUUCAUGUGGAGAGUCUAUGCAAUUUUAGUGAAGAAGAUCAAAUGCAUAAGGCAUCAGAAUCAUCGGAUGCAACAGCUCCUAACAGUAACUUAGAAGAUAAGACUCAAGACGAGCUCGUGUCUGAUAAAGUAAAGGAAGAAGUUAAACCCAUUGAGGCAAUGGUUGAAACUGAAGAGAAAAGCAAAUCCGCUGAGCAAGUAGAAACUGAAGCUUGCACUCCUAAACCAUUGAUGGUUUCUCAGAAAAAACUGGUGAGCUAUAAGAAGCAUCAGACAGCUAAAAAGAUAGCUAGUAUGAUACGGAACCCGUCAGUGUCGAAGCCGAAAACCAGCAAAGCUGGAACUCCUAAUCUGGCUCUAGAAAACCAAGCCAUCAAACGUCAGAAACUGGAUGGAGGAAGAUCUAGACAGAUACUAAACGUGAAACCCCAUAACUUGCUUCACAAGUCGAAACUUGGUCUUACCAGUAGCAGUUCCAACUUGAGCUCUUCUACUGCUAAAACUGUAGAUAGAAAGGUUUAUGUUCGAGAAAAAGCAGCACCAUUUGUUUCAAUGGCAGAAAUGAUGAAAAAGUUCCAAUCAUCUACCAGAGAUUUGUCACUCCCUCACAGUUCCUCAUUAAAUAUGCCACCGCUCAAAUUGACAAGACCUAAAGAGCCUGAAUUCGAAACAGCACAGAGAAUGCGCCCAGUUAGAGUGAAGAGCACCGCAGAGCUUGAGGAAGAAAUGAUGGCUAAAAUUCCGAAGUUCAAAGCAAGACCAUUGAACAAGAAGAUUUUUGAAGCUCCACCACUACCUUCAAUACCAAAAAGUACUCCAAAGCCUCCGGAAUUUCAGGAAUUUCAUUUGGAGACAAUGGCUAGAGCAAGUAAGAAUGCGGAGACCUCUUCGGUCGCUUCAACAGAAGUGACUCGUCAGAAUGAUCAAUGGAAACCUCAUCUCAUGGAACCUAAAGCCCCUGUGCUUCAAACAUCUCUGAGGGCAAGGCCUACAAAGGUCAAAAGUUCUAUUGAAAUCGAGCAAGAGGAACUUGAAAAAGCACCUAAAUUUAAAGCAAGGCCAUUGAACAAAAAGAUAUUUGAGAGCAAAGGAGAAUUGGGAAUCUUCUUUAAUGCAAAAAAACAGGUGACUAUACCUCAAGAGUUCCAUUUUGCAACACAUGAGAGGGUACCACCACGAGCAUCAGUUUUUGAUUUAUUUGACAAGCUUUCUCUGAAUUCAGUAUCUAGCCAUGAUCCAAUUCCAAGAAAAACCUUUCUCAAUCCAUUCCAUCUCCACACAGAGGAAAGAGGUGAUGAAAAAGAAAAGAAGUUUGUGAUGGAAGUUAUAGAGAAGCACUUUGAAGAGGAAAGAGUCAGGGUCCCCAAGGCUAACCCAUAUCCAUACACCACUGACUACCCUGAGAUUCCUCAGAAACCCGAACCGAAGCAGUGUACAAAACCAGAACCCUUCCAAUUGGAGAGCCUGGUGAGGCACGAGGAGGAGAUGAAAAGAGAGAUGGAAGAAAGAAAGAGAAAGGAGAAAGAAGAAGCUCAGAUGAGGGUCUUCAAGGCUCAGCCGGUUCUAAAAGAGGAUCCAAUUCCUGUUCUUGAAAAAUCUCGCAAGCCUCUAACACAAGUGCAACAAUUCGACCUCCAUGUCAAUCAUAGAGCGGUGGAGAGAGCAGAAUUCGAUCAAAAAAUUAAAGAGAAGGAAAUGAUUUACAAGAGAUACAGAGAGGAGAGUGAGGCUGCUAUAAUGAUUAGGGAAGAGAAGGCAUUGAAGCAACUGAGAAGGACAAUGGUUCCCCAUGCUAGGCCUCUUCCCAAGUUCGAUCAUCCUUUCUGCCCUCAAAAGUCUUCCAAGGUGACAACAAAACCGAAAUCACCACGCCUACGAGUUCUCCAAAGAAUCGAACGGAAGAAAACGAUCGGUUCACUCACCGCUCCGACUUCCAGUCUGGCCACUCUUAUGAGGUGAUUUCGGUUUCUGGAAAUACCAUCCCGGGCCGCCACCCGAAGUGGUUGUUCAAGAACUUUUGAACCCCU